AACAACAGACAAGGGUCGACAGUCCCAAGCCUGUUGUGUAGGCCUGUAAACACAGAGUCUAGGGAAAACAUUUAGAUCGAAAUCUCUCUAGAUCUAGUUGCCAUGAAGAAAUGAUCUAUUUUUAUAUUUUAUGGAAACAUCAAAUUUCCCCGCACCUGGCCCAACAGAUACAAUCAAUUAGCAGAGAGAGAGAUGGCUGAGCUGACUGUCGGUCCCCCCACAGUAUCUUCUGGUACAGGUUUUGGCACACUGACCCUGGAUAUGUUUUCUGCCGUAAGUCCUAACCUGCCGAUGUUGCUGGAUGGAACGUUAUCGGAGGAAAGUUACAAAAACUGUGAGAACAACCGUGGUGUGUGUGCCGUGUUGUCAGAUGCUCACGUUCUGUUUUCACAGAAUACAAGUCACUGCAGUCCUGUGCCGUCGAAUAAGCCUCUUCUUCACUGCAACUUUUGUGAGUUCCGCACAGGAAGUGAGGCGGAGAUGGUUUUACUAAAGCAUCUACUGGGUCAUCAUGCUUUCUUCUGCAGCAUGUGCGACCACGUGGCGUUCAGUAAAUCCAGCUACAUUGAGCACAUGCUUCAAAGGCACAAAUUGUCGAAAGAGUGGAAACAAGUAUCGACGUCUAGGCUUAUGCAGCUCAAAGAAAAGCGUGGUUUAAGACAAUGGGAGGGCGACAAAACGACAUCCUCUGUCAAUAAAGGAGGACAAAGAAAGGAACGUUCUACUCUGGAAAACGUUUUACUGGGUGUACAGCCGAGCACGGUUCCUAUCCCCGCGUUUGAGGAGGCAGUUUGUGAAGGUAACAGCUGGGAUAUGUCAGGGAGUUUCACGAAUAUUGGAACGUCUUCUCAUCUUGCUUUUUCCAAAACUGGUUGUGUAGGCACAAGCGACCCAAAUUUUAAACAAGUUGAAAUUCCCGGCAGUUUCACUGGAGAUGAAACAGGGGGUAGAACUACUGGAAACUUCCAAACUCCGUGUGAUGGAAAUACUUUCCAUAAAGAUCAAAUAAUGUGUCCCAGGCCUCCAAACUUCCUGGAGGAAACAGAUGGAGACGGUGUCCCGGAGAGGACUCCCACGGAGGCCAGUGAGAAAGACAAUGCCGGCCGACUGUGGGAAAAUUCUCUUUUAGGAAUAGAUCACAACGGAUAUUCUGUUUUAGAAGAGUCUAAAUGUUUCGCUCAUGACUUGUAUUGUUGUGAAGUUCAAGGGGUGAAAUCUGAAAAAGAUAUAUCUGCAGAAACUAGUAAAUCUUCCCCAGUUAAUGAGCCCUUUAUUGCUUUGGGGAACGAUAUUGGUACUGAUUUGUGUCAAACUGGGGCUGUGAAAGAAGAUCAUGUUCCGAUUUUGUCAUGUAAUGACAAGCUAGUGAUGGGUGUAAAGCAGGAGUCUGCAUCAUGUUCUAGGGACAAAGAAGUCGAUGUGAUUUCAGAAUCUCAAUCUGUUGUCUGGAACAACAACAACGAAGUUGUUAGAAUUAAAGAAGAGCCAGAAGAAGAUGUCCCAGAGCUGUCACCUGGACAUUUCGAAUACGACAAUGCAGAGUCGGAAAUGCCUGGGCUGUCUGGCCGUGACCCUGGUCCAGAGCUUCCUGUGUUGUGUGCGGAGCGACUUCAGAAACAGAUGGAAGAGGUCGUGUCGGAGGUCGUCACAUCUGAGGCUGUUGAGGUCGGGACUCCCUGCAGCAGCAGCCUGCUGGCGAAUGGACUGCAGAACUCGGAUAGACUGUGUGUUGAUAGUUUUCAUGGCCCCAAUUCCCCUACUCCAGUGCCUGAAGAUUUCCUGAAUAGUCAAGAAACGAGCAGGGAUAUACAUUCUAAGGCAAAGAAAUAUGAUUUACUUCGUUCUCUUUUGAAACGUCAAAAUGAUGUUGUGAUUCGUACGGAAAGUAAACGUAGGGCCCUUACUUCUGUAGUUUCAUCUCAUGACAGUGGCCAUAUCGAGAGCCCAGGAGGGGGAGGUGUUUUAGAAGUGCCUGCGCAGGUCCCAUCAUUGAGGCCGUCUGACCUCUCUCUCAGGGAGAUUCUGUCGCAGGGCAACUCCUCUCUGUCGUCUAGAGAGUCUCUUCUCUCUUUGGGAUGUACUCCCACACACAAAAAUUCUUCGACUUGCAAGGAGCUUCUCACUCAAGGCAGCUCUCACUACAGCAAUGGAGUUGGAAAAAAUGACAAUGACCAUAUUGAAAGUGAAGGAGGAGGAAGUGUGUCCAUUAAAGAAGAAAUCGAGGAAAAUACAGAUGAUGCUGCGCCAUGUCAUGUUGGUGAAAAUGUGCAGGUAAAGCAGCAGCCUAGAGGUUCUCCUCUUUUUGAUGACAGUCGAGUGUCGCGGUCAGAAGACGCCAGUGUAUACUGUGGAGGUGACAAUGAAGUGAGAGUUCCGACUGCCCAGACUGCAGCUCCAUUAACUGCCGGUGAAGGUCAGCGACCUUCUACGUCCCAUUUCACGGCCUCGGAGAUACUGAAGAGACUUCUCGUCUCAGUCGGAACCUCCAUACCCAAGGACUCCUCUUCCUCUCUCUUUGCCGCCUCUGGAGAGUUUUUCUCGUCGGCCUUGGCUGUCGGUGCGGAGGGAGAGGGUGCUGCACCAGCUUCGUUGCUCGUCCCACGGCUUCGUCGGUCCCGGAGAGUGAGAAGAACGGAAUCAUCGAGCUAUUCAGUGAAUGAAACUGACAGGACUGAUCUUGAUCCCGCUGACGAGGUCGAAAACACCCCCGAGGGGCAGAGCGACGACUCAGAUUUCGUGUAUUGCUCAGACAAAGACGGGGAACACGAGGAAGACUCGGGGGAUUCAGACUUUAGUGUUCACAAAACGAACAAAAGACGAAAGAUUUCUAAAAGAGGGCCAGAAAAGGCGCCAGGACUAGGAGAUGAUAGUUCUGCAGUUACCGAACAACUAGAAUCGUCCGUGCAAGCGCCGGCAGUGGCAGUGGCGAGCGCGACUCGGGGAGAAUGGCUACUGGCGUGCUCUGUGUGUCCGUUUACGACCCUGAAGGUCGGCGACAUGCGCCAGCACCUGCUGCACAACCACAGCCAGGCUCCCGCCACGGCCAACCUGGCAGUGGAAGACAGAAUCGUGCUCAUCUACUUCUGCCGUGGUGGUGGCGGGGUGAGAGACUGCCAGUUCUUCUCGUCGGAAGGCCAGGAGAUAUACCAGCACAUCAUUACCUGCUACCAGGACCAGCUGGCCGGGAGUGUGACGGACAACACCGGUGCUGACCACACACCUGUUUUAAGUGCGCUGAGCAAGUUCUGCCGGCCGAACGGCUCCUUCUCCAUGUUGUAUUUCUGCCUGCAGUGUGUCCAUACCACGUCCAGCCAACAGCCUAUGAUUGACCAUGCUCAGGUUCAUCAUUCCGGUCAAGAUUUCGGGGUUCUCGCUGCUGGCAACCUAGGUCCUUCUAGUCAGUCGUACAUGCUUUGUCUCAAGUGCAAGCAUCUUGUAAAGUUUCGAGAGUGGAGUUCCCAUCAGUGCAGAGGGUGGGGUGACCGGAGCCUGCGGUCUAUGCUGACAUCUGACAGUCAGCCAGAGGUCAAGGCUAUGCCAUCGGGUUCUCAGUUGAAUAGAACAAUCCCACCAUCUAGUUCUUCCACAUCGUUGAUGCACUCAUUAACAAUCCCACCAUCUAGUUCUUCCACAUCGUUGAUGCACUCAUUAACAAUCCCACCAUCUAGUUCUUCCACAUCGUUGAUGCACUCAUUAACAAUCCCACCAUCUAGUUCUUCCACAUCGUUGAUGCACUCAUUAACAAUCCCACCAUCCGGUUUUUCAACGUCCUUGUUAAACUCACCAUCAAUCCCACCAUCCAAUUCUUCAACAUCCUUGAUGAACUCAUUAACAAUCCCGCCGUCUAACUCAUUAACAAUCCCGCCAUCUAGUUCUUCAACAUCCUUGUUAAACUCUCCAUCAAUCCCGCCAUCUAGUUCUUCAACAUCCUUGUUGAACUCAUUAACAAUCCCGCCCUCUAACUCAUUAACAAUCCCGCCGUCUAACUCAUUGACAAUCCCACCAUCCAAUUGUUCAACAUCAUCGAACUCAUCAACAAUUCCCAGGCAGGCUCAGCCAGAAGAGAAAGCUCGAGGUCACGAGGUCCCCUUUCCCUCCACAAAUCUACUCAGGUUCUUGUUAGCGCAAAGCCAGAAAUCUUCUUUUCAGCAGUAAUAUUUGCUUGUUUUUUCCUCUCAUUUUAAAUGUACCGGUAGGUGUUUUUUUAUUUUUACUCUGCCAU